AUGACGACUCCCGUCGCCAAGCCACCAAGAGCCGCACUGGCUCUUGCGCUGGCGAUUGUGAAGAAUAAGCCAGCAGGCAUCUCGGUCAAGGAUUACAUUCUUGACCUCCGAAAGUCCAUCAGAGAAUCGGAGAACCCCAAGCUGAUUCUCACCAACUUCUUCUUUGACAGUGUAGAACACUGGCAGAGGGCCUACAUGAAGGCCGAGGGUGAGCAAAUCAAGCUGCACAACACAAUCUUUGAGUUGAAGCAGCAGAAUGAGGCUCUCGUCGCCAAACUCAACGCGGCAACUCCACCACCAAAGCGUAAAGCUUUCAGUGACGUUGAGAAUGAGCCCGAGACUGGCAGGAAGCGACAGAACACUCGCAAUCUUCGGACCCAGUCGCAACGAGACAUCGCCAGUCAAGAUCAAGAGGUCAAUCGUGAGCAGGAAACCGAGCAAGGCGUCUCCUUCUUGAGACACAUCUUUGCCCUCCAGCGAACGCUGCAGGCCAAGCGUCGCAAGACCAAGGCUCUUGCUGUUGACGCAGUCAUUGCGUGCAAAGAGGCAGAGCAGGGUCUUUUGACUGCGAUCCGGGCGGAGGCCACACCGCCAGCUCCACCAAAGCCUUUCCGAGUCUCGAAGAACAAGAGCAAGGGGCCCGAUUUCCUCGCUGUCGUGAAGGCCGUUGACUUGACCUUCAAACUUGUCCACCAGGCCCUUCACAAAAUCCCUCAAGCGGCAGACGAUGGCCAGUCCCAGCCUAAGAUCGUCUACUACUUGGUGUGUCUCUUCAAGUCUACCAUGACUGGACUUGCACAAUAUUGUACUGCGGUAUCCAAAGAGAGCGUCGCAGGCAACGGGGCCAUGAGAACUACCAGGGUCAAGCCGCGACAAAAGAUGAAAGCAGGGGUUCCGACCAGCGCCAAGCAGGACACAGCUCAGGUGCUUGUUGACUUACUCUGCAAGAUGGCUCUUUCACUGGACAUGAGUCGAUUUUGCGACCAGCAGGUGAUGGAAGGGUAUUUCCACACCGUACUCGACCGGCUCGGAAAGAUGCUGGCCCUCUUCACCUUCAACGACAUCCAGCUACCAACGAAUCUAAACCCAGAUAUGCGACCUCCCGAAGGCCUCACUGCAAUGAGGGAGGAAGAUAUGUCGCGACAGACCGCCCAGCUGGAGGCAGAGAAGCUCAUUUUAUUCCUUGAUAGAGUUUUGAAAAAUGAAACUCUGUUCCCUCCGGCAGGUCCUGCAUCCGGUGGCCAACUUCCCUUCAACCUCAAGGUCCAGGAGGCAAUGAAGAAGACCUUACUUCAGGCAGUUUUCGGCAAAGAGGAUCCUCUCUUCCAAGGGGGCUUGGAGCGACCCGGGACUCCGCCUCCAGCUGAUUGUUGGGCACCUCCGAAUCGACGACUGGAUUUUACCGAAUGGUUUGCAGGAGAGCUAUGGCGCCUGAUUGGCUGGGAGAUAUUAGAUCCUGCCAGAGCCUCUCGCCAGUGA